AUGCCCGAGAUCAGGGUCACGCCCCUGGGGGCUGGCCAGGACGUGGGCCGGAGCUGCAUCCUGGUCUCCAUUGGGGGCAAGAACGUCAUGCUGGACUGCGGGAUGCACAUGGGCUUCAACGAUGACCGGCGCUUCCCAGACUUCUCCUACAUCACCCGCAACGGCCGGCUGACGGACUUCCUGGACUGCGUGAUCAUCAGCCACUUCCACCUGGACCACUGCGGGGCACUGCCCUACUUCAGCGAGAUGGUGGGCUACGACGGGCCCAUCUACAUGACCCACCCCACCCAGGCCAUCUGCCCCAUCCUGCUGGAGGACUAUCGCAAGAUCGCCGUGGACAAGAAGGGCGAGGCCAACUUCUUCACCUCCCAGAUGAUCAAGGACUGCAUGAAGAAGGUGGUGGCCGUGCGCCUCCACCAGACGGUCCAGGUGGACGAGGAGCUGCAGAUCAAGGCCUAUUACGCCGGCCACGUGCUGGGGGCCGCCAUGUUCCAGAUCAAAGUGGGCUCGGAGUCCGUGGUCUACACGGGCGACUACAACAUGACCCCGGACCGGCACCUGGGAGCCGCCUGGAUUGACAAAUGCCGCCCCAACCUGCUCAUCACAGAGUCCACGUACGCCACGACCAUCCGUGACUCCAAGCGCUGCCGGGAGCGGGACUUCCUGAAGAAGGUCCACGAGACGGUGGAGCGCGGCGGGAAGGUGCUGAUCCCCGUGUUCGCACUGGGCCGCGCUCAGGAGCUCUGCAUCCUGCUGGAGACCUUCUGGGAGCGCAUGAACCUGAAGGCCCCCAUCUACUUCUCCACCGGCCUCACGGAGAAGGCCAACCACUACUACAAGCUCUUCAUCACCUGGACCAACCAGAAGAUCCGCAAGACCUUCGUCCAGCGGAACAUGUUCGAGUUCAAGCACAUCAAGGCCUUCGACCGAGCUUUCGCCGACAAUCCGGGCCCAAUGGUCGUGUUCGCCACACCAGGGAUGCUGCACGCCGGGCAGUCCCUGCAGAUCUUCCGGAAGUGGGCCGGGAAUGAGAAGAACAUGGUCAUCAUGCCGGGCUACUGUGUGCAGGGCACCGUGGGCCACAAGAUCCUCAGCGGGCAGCGCAAGCUGGAGAUGGAGGGGCGGCAGGUGCUGGAGAUCCGCAUGCAGGUGGAGUACAUGUCCUUCAGCGCCCACGCGGACGCCAAGGGCAUCAUGCAGCUGGUGGGCCAGGCGGAGCCCGAGAGCGUGCUGCUGGUGCACGGCGAGGCCAAGAAGAUGGAGUUCCUGAAGCAGAAGAUCGAGCAGGAGUUCCGAGUCAACUGCUACAUGCCAGCCAAUGGCGAGACUGUGACCCUGCCCACGAGCCCCAGCAUCCCCGUGGGCAUCUCGCUGGGGCUGCUAAAGCGGGAAAUGGCGCAGGGGCUUCUCCCCGAUGCCAAGAAGCCGCGGCUCCUGCACGGCACCCUCAUCAUGAAGGACAGUAGCUUCCGGCUGGUGUCCUCUGAGCAAGCCCUCAAGGAGCUAGGCCUGGCCGAGCACCAGCUGCGCUUCACCUGCCGAGUGCACCUGCACGACUCACGCAAGGAGCAGGAGACGGCCAUGCGUGUCUACAGCCACCUCAAGAGCCUCCUCAAGGACCACUGCGUGCAGCACCUCCCCGAUGGCUCGGUGACCGUGGAGUCCAUCCUCAUCCAGGCUGCUGCCCACUCCGAGGACCCCAGCACCAGGGUGCUGCUGGUCUCCUGGACCUACCAGGAUGAAGAGCUGGGGAGCUACCUCACGUCUCUGCUCAAGAAGGGCCUGCCCCCAGCCCCCAGCGGAGGCAGCUGA